AAUGGGAUGCUCCUCUUCGAAAACACCCGAUGUUGUGUCUAUCCAACGUCAGCAGACGCCUAUUAGAGAUGCCGGUCUUCUCACGCCUAGAAGUAUAAAUAUUACUGGCGCCGUCGAGUGGCAGGGCAACGUGUUAGCAAAUAAUGAAAAAACAUGUACUCAUUCUAUUCAAUACUCUUCCACAACUUCGUUUUCAGAGCGUCAAACUAGCGACUAUGGGAGUGGAAAACCCCACUCUUCAGACAAUGAAUCUUCAAUAUGCGACGAUACAGCAAGCUUAGGAACGUCGCUAGAAGAUUUCGGGUGUGACGAAGAACUAGAAGAGUUAAUGAGGGCAAAUCUCUUAAAAACCAGGCCAGGAGCAGCUAAGCGCCAGCGUUCAUUUGAACUAACCAAUAAACUUGAAUAAAGCGAUACAAAACUAAUAAUAUAUAGGACAUUUUAGAAGUUUGAAGAAAUGAUGAUUGAUAAUAUUAUUUUCUAAAAAGUUUGCUUUGUAUUAAAGAGAUAUUAAAAUGCUGACAUUUUACUCGUACAGUAUUGUAUAAUACCAUAACUACAGUUAUAUACAACUAUACAUCGACUAUCAUAUAUUUUAAUAUCGAACCUCUCUCAAUUAAAGUAUAUUUUUAAUCAGUAAACAGUAAACUGUUUUAUCAGAUUAUUUCAAACAAUGUUUCUUUUUCGCAAUAUCUUCUUUUUUACUUUCCGUUAAAGUCUCUUCGACUAAAUGUCUUUUUCUACUCUCUUCAUUCAAACAAUUCAUAACUGUACCAUAUUUAUUUAUUGUCCAGCUUAGUGCUUCCGAUUGAAAUUUAUCAAAUGCGUUAUCAUUUAUAAAACCAGUGAAAAAUUCAUCGCUUUUAUCAUCACUAUCUUCUUCUUCUAGUAGAGAUUGUGGGAGUUUAACAACGGCAGGAGGAUCUUUUAAUUUGUAAUCGUUGUUCAAACAGCAAAUAAUACGCCAAACAAGCUCACAAACUGAAUGCGUAUAUAAAGUAAUAUUUCCUGUGCAAUCCGACAGACCAGUUUCCUUAACAAACUUAUAAUUGACUCUUUCGUGGUAUAAAGAUCUCGGAAAAGUUAAAAGUUGAUUGUAUAAGCCGCUGUAAAGAUGGUUAAUUAAAAAGAGAAAUUGGUUCAUCAAAGAAUAGCUUGAAGAGAGAGAGACAGAAAAGAGAAUUAUAUAUUAAUACUUAUGUACACUAUAUAUUUGUAUAAUAAUAGAAUGC